AUGGGAGCUGCACCUAGCAAUACCCGAACGGUUGUGAUACCAAAUACCAGUGCCAAUGUGAUCGAUAUCUCGGACAACGUAGUCAAGCGGAUGGCAAACGGUACACCGGCGAAGGCGAAAGAAGACCAACAACAACAGCAGCCUGAUAAAAGUGCCACCAGCGACAGUCUCUCCACCGGAACAGGCCCUAGUUCGUACCCCAAUCCGGUCACCCCGAAGACCGUAUUCCACGGUGAGAUGCCGCUUACAUCGAUGCAGAUCCGCCAGGAAACAGAACGAGCCUUGCAAGAGAAUGACGACCUUUGGGCCCACCGUUUGAAGGCGAUGGAAACGAAUCUGACGCAAAUGGAACACGUGCUGGAAAAAGAAUAUAACGAGGCGGUAGCCGAUGUGAAGAAGCACUUUGGGGCAUCUGCGAUGCGGCAGCCUCUGCCUCCUUGUCAGGAUAUGAAGGCGAAAGUGAUCGAAUGCUAUCGCACGAAUGGGCACGAAACUUUGAGAUGCGCCAGCGUAGUGCAACGGUUUGCCGAUUGUGUUAACCAGCACCGUAUACAAUUACUUCAGCUGCGGGUAGCAACGGAAGAGGCCAUCAAAAAGCAGUAACCAUGGAUUACUCACGGGUUCGAGUCAGG